GAUAAAGAUGACUGUCUCGUCAACAUUUUAUGUACACAUGGUGACGGAAUGAGGCAACUGGUCCUGGAUGAGCUUGCAUCCUCGAUUGCAGGGGCUAUAAAGCAAUUUCAAGGGAAAUUGGUCUUUGCGACCAGCCCUUCCAGGAUCUUUGCAAUAUUGGAUGCUAGCUUAGUCGAACGUGUGUUUUGGUGCAUUUUAUGCACUGAAUUAUUGCAUCUCCAUGAUGGACCAUCUCUCUUAUCCUCUGUGCGAACUUCGCUGAAUAAUAUUGAUUGGACGCAUUAUUUCCGUCAUCGACACAUUUGGCUUGACCAAAUCCUCCCGGCGGGUCACAAUUGUGACGAUAAAAAUUUACCACUGGAUGUCAGACUAUUCGUCAAGUUACGUCCAAAGUGGAUGAUUCGCUAUACUAAGGCCGUUCAUGAGACCACGGUUCGUUGUUUGACUCGCCCAAUGAUGGUCAACUUCUGUAAUGAUGCCGCACUAGAGGCUAACCUAAUGGUCAGCAACGCAAUGCUGUUCUUGCUUCUACCUCUGACCCGGAAACCUUUAUCUCUGCGUGAUUACAUUCCACAUCCUGGAUUGCGUUCUACUUCAGCUUCUGCGUUGGUCAGGGACAUAAAGGAGGGCACGUUGUUGGAUCCCAUGUGUGGCAAAGGUGUGCUCUUAUGCGAAGCGGUCAUGAAAGCAUUCAAGCGGAGCAGAAGCGACGUUGCACUUGUCAAAUCUGUGCACUGCUUUCUGCUUGGCACGGAUUGCUCGGCGAAGCAGUUACACUGUGCUCGGGAGAAUUUAAUUCACAUCCAGACCAGUACGAAAGCACCUGGCUUCUCAUGGGACCUAAUUCAAUGUUUCACGGAAUAUCUGCCAUUUCGCGAUGGCAUUUUCGAUAAUGUUGUCUGUGACAUGCCUUUCGGAAAAAAGCAUGGAGUGUGCUCCCACAAUUCGGAAGUGUUGUCUACCCUUUCUCUCCAAAAUGCUUACACAAUAUGGCUGAGCAGUAUAAAACAAAAUCUUUGUUCCGGUGGAAAACUUAAUCUUCUUGUUGGCGAAGGACUCUCGGAGGUAGCCUCAAACGCACUACAGAAGUUGAGGGUGCAGUUGACAAGCUCGUUUUCGAUCUCGUUGGGUACUUCCAAAGCAGUGUUACUCAGUGGCUUUCGUUACGAUUCGGGAGGUGGGACAGUGCCUUCCGACACGGUAGCUGAUUCGUCCCAUUCCAUAAUUAGCAAAGCCUGUGACACCUGCACGGAGUCGAUCACCACUCCUACGUUGUGCUCAUCAAUGGAAGACUGCGACCCUCACAAACACUGAUAAAUUGUUCAGCUUCUGAGUUGCAUCUGGGCCAUUCAUGUUAACACAUUGUCACCAUUUGAUUCGACUUAUGUUGGGAUGUAAAAACGUAAUAAAAUUAUCAUGUUCCCGGUCAUUUGCUAAUACACCAUUUAGA